UUAAAAGCCUUCAAAUUCAAAGUUUAGUGCUUUUCUUUAUUUUAAAGAUCUUAACAUUUUUCAAUCACUUAUUUUCUGCAUAAGAUUCUAUGACAUGUUCUUUCAUGAAUCAUUGCUUCUCCUUUUUAAUUAAAAUAAGAUUUGGACUACACACUUGAUGCUAACUCCUUGGAAAAGGAGAUAAUGAUUUAAAAUUAAUGAUAGGCUGUUUAAAUUGAAGACCCAAACUAUUGGACAUGAUCUGUACUAUAAAAAAUGCCUAGAAACCAAAAUUUAUGUAUUUUGGUGGUCUCUAACAUAUGCAUCAAGUUGGUAUAAAAUAAACUAUAUCAAUUGUACUUGUAAGGUAAAAUCCAUGACAAAGCAUAUAAAUCAAAAAUCCAUUUUAUGGGUUAUAAUCUACACAUCAUAAAACAUGGAUAUAUUUAAAUUCGCUAGAUUUUGAUGGUUAGAUCAUAGUAAAAUAUAGUAUCAUAUUAUUAAAAUUGUCCAUUUUGAUACUUUUUUGAUGAUUAGGUUAGAGACCACCGAAAUACAAGAUUUUAGUAUCCAUGUAUUUUUUGUAGUGUAGAUCAUGUCUAAUGGUUUGGAUCUUGAAUUUGGAUUGUCCAUCAUUGAUGUUGAAUCCUUAGCUCCUAUUUUGAGGGGUUAGUGUAAAGUGUGCAGUCCAACUCUUAAAAUAGUGAGUAAUGUUCCACAUUGGUAUUUAUUUGAUAUACAUCAUUGAAUUUAAUACAGCUUCCAAAGUUGUUUCAUCAUUAACCUCUUUAGGUAAGGCAACAUGGAACUAUAUAUGGCUAUUGAUUCUCAGUUGUUUAUGUUUUUAUAUAAGUAUAUGCGUAUGCAGUUUAUUAUUAUUUUUGCUAUAUAGAAAUGAAAUCUAAUGUUCCAACUCGAAUAAAAAAUUAUGCAUAAUAUUGAAAUAUUAAUUGAUAUGGUAAUAUAAAUUGUAAAUAUCAACAUGUUUUACUAGAAGCAGCUUUGUUAAAUCUAAUGAUCUAUAAUUUCAUUUUAUGCAAUCUUCUUAAGUUCUUUAUACAAUGUUUUAAAGAUUUAUGAAAACAUUCUUUUCUCAGAGCAUUGUUUUGCAUAGCCCUAAUUCUGUGGUCAGGUGGAGUUUGCCAAUCUCUGAAUAAAAUUUUAUUAAGCCUAGGCAGACCUGGGUUUUUAGGAAGAGUAACUGGUAAAUUUCAAAAUGAUAUUUGUCUUGAAGGAAGAAAACCAUGUUUCCUCCCCUAUUUGCUGGGCAUUUUGUAGGCCUUGAUUUAUACCAGGAAAUGAACUUCUCUUUUAACUUCACAUAGAAAUUUUAGUGCUGGUCUUAGUUUUUCAUGAAAAUCUCUCUCCCUUGUCGGAUAACUAUUGCAUAUCAGCGGAAUGGAACAAACUGAGACACCUUGCAUGGUUCAAUCUCUACCAGCCUCCAAUAAGGACAAGGAAUCAUCUAAAAAGCCAAUCACUGUUACGGAUAAAGAUUCACCUCCAAAGCUAGAUACCACCACUAACAGCCUCAAACACCAUCAAGUUGUCGCUGCACUCAUUCCCAGAUUGCUCCUGGCUGGACCACACAUGAAAGCUGGUUCUUGUGAGCGAGAUUACUGCUGUGGCUGAGGACUGGGUCAAAGCUUUCUCUGUGCAUCAAAAAUGGAAGAAGAUGUCUGACAACUGCUUGGCUUUUGAUGUCAUCAGGUCUUCUGUGCAAGAGGAAGCGGGAGUCACUGCUUGCUGAUUACAGGAGGAUCAGGGACUUGGAGCCCAGAUAUGGAGUGGGUUCCUAUUGAUGCUUAGAGUGUGAUAAGAGAACACAAUCUAGGCUUCCAGCUUUGUUUGACCAAGAAGUAUUUGAUUCAAUGGAUGCUGUUAUGAAGGCACAGGAGACUCAGUCAGGCCCGGGGAAUAGUGAUGCAGAUGGUCUUAUUGGUAAAGUUGAUGUAGAAAUGGCUGAUGCUGAUGCUGAUUUAGGUUCUGAGGAGGAAACACAGAUCGAGGCUUCAAAGAACACAGAUAAGGCACAAAAUAUGGCCACGAAGCUGCAGGAGAAUGCCCAGCAUAUACAUGCCAUACUAAGAGGAGAGUUAGAGGAUGGUGCUAGUCAGGUUAGUGCUCCUGUGGAUUUGACGAAACCCUAUGCUAUGGAGACUGAAUUCACUAGGCGACAAGCCAAUGAGCUCAUCAAAGCUUUCGGGAGCCUUGGAAGGAUUCUCAAUCAGUUCACUGAGCUGAUCGAUAAUAAUGAAUGUGAAGGAAUUAAACCUGUGACUUCAACAGCACAGUAAAUAUAGUUCUUUUAAUAAAGGGUUGGCUAUUUGGGCUCCCAUCUUCAUAGACUUUUUAACAGAAUGUAAAGGUGCAAUGAAUUGAUCCGUUGGCUGGCACACAAGGUUUCAAUCUGUCUGGAGUGCUAAAGUGGCAAUGGUGAAACUUGCCGUAUGAGCAACUAUGGUAGACAUACUAUGCUUUUUUCGCUAGAAAGAAGAUGUGGCUCUCGAGAUUUGAGAACCUUCAAAUUUUCCUGCUACCUUCAUCUGGUUGGCAUACUGCAAGUCUGUCAUCAAUGUCAGUAAAUGCAAAAGCUUCAUAUGAGGGUGUGGAAUGAAAGCAAUGGAAGGAGCUAUCUGGAAUAAGGAGGCUACUUAUCAGGAGAGCUGAUGAAUGGCUUAGUUGAGAGAGCUGCUAUAACAUUUCUCUGUUUGAGGAGACCUGCCAUUGAUGAGACCUGCCCUCGGAUGCCCUAGGGCCUUGUUAAAGUUAAUUCAGAAUCCUCUCUUGUGCUUCUACCUUUUGUGUGUAGACAUUUUAAAUAUUACUGCAAGUUUUGCUGAUCCAAAAAUAACUUGCAUGAACAGAUCAACUUGUAAAGCUUUCGGAUAUUUUCUGAUCUUCUCAAGAAAGCAAGGAUGUGCAGCCAUUGACUUGUAUAGUUGUAUAGUGGUGUGAUUUCUUCAUAGCUUCUAGUUGAAGUUUCAGCAAGAGGCAAAUUUCUAUCCAA